GACUAUCAGCCCGCCGCACGCGGAGGAGAGGGCGGUGUUCACGCAGCUGAAGCCGGUCCGGAUGUCGGCGGAGGGCGCGGAGGAGGCGGCCGUGUUCGAGGACGUGAAACCCGGGACUCGUUUAGAGAUGGAGAAAUAUCUCCCACAGAUCAGCAACCCUAUCCUGGGCUUGUCCGACGGGACGGGCGACAAGAAGUACCGCCGGGAGAGUGCCUCCGUGGUGGACGAGUACUUCUCCGAGGAGAAACCGUCCACUCCCUACAGCCUCAACAUCAACCUCAUCCUGCCCAGCACCACUCACCUUCGCACGGGCCUCUUCCGCCACAAUAACAAAACCCUGCCAGCCCAGCAGAUCAAGACAGAACCGGGGCUGGAGGUGCCCUGCUCUGUCCCCACCUCAUCCACUCAGGCCCUACCUGACUUCACCUCUGUCUUCAGCAUACCACCCACAGUCAACAACCUCUUCAUCAAACCAGACAUGGGCUCCAGUGGCGUGGUCAGCGUGGCUGCGGUUCCCCUCCAGCAGCCACAGCAGCCCAUUCUGGACACGGAGCUUCACAUCGGCCCACCGGCCCCCCAGCCCCAGGUCUACCACAUGCCCAUCACCACCGGUUCUGACCUCACAAUGACCCUGUCGCACAGCAGCCAAUCACUUGCUGGAGGUGGCCACGGCAGGACCAUGCUGAACCUUAGCAGUGUCGCCUUGACGACAGCCAACGGCAACUACAUGAUGGCUGAGGUCCAGCAGCCACACCAUGUGCAUUACUACCAUCCCCCCCAGGCCAACACCCCCCAGCAUCAACCCCACAGUCUGCCGCCCUCACCCCCCAACUCCCAGCCAGGGAGCCCUGACACCCAGCCUGAGCGGCUGGGCGUAGCGACCCAGCCAGUACCCCCUCCCUAUCAGCAACACACAGGGGGGCUGAAAGCACCGGGGAUGUCCCAUCAUGCCAUGCUGAUGACACACGGCCAGGGCGUCUUGACGGGGCCCAGGUACAACAGACGAAACAACCCUGAGCUGGAGAAGAGGAGGGUCCAUUUCUGUGACCACCCAGGCUGCAGCAAAGUUUACACAAAGAGCUCUCAUCUGAAGGCCCACCAGCGGACACACACAGGAGAGAAACCCUACCGCUGUUCCUGGGAGAGUUGUGACUGGCGCUUCGCCCGCUCGGAUGAGCUGACCCGACACUACCGGAAGCACACAGGGGCCAAGCCGUUCAAAUGUAUUGCCUGCAACCGCUGUUUCUCACGCUCCGACCACCUGGCCCUGCACAUGAAACGGCACCAGAAUUAACACACACACACACACAACACAUAUACACAUGCUUACAUGGAAGCACAGUCAUAAUUGGACCUCCAAAUCAGCAGAACUUAAAAUUCCUUCCUGAGAGUGGUUUCCUUUCCAAAUAUGAAACGCAACCAUGAAUUUGCCAGCAACAACAACAACACCCUCCAGCUGGGGGAUCCCAAGAUGUUCCCAGGCCAGAUUGGCCAGGGACAUCAACAAUAACAACAAAAACAUUUAGAGGUAUGAACUUUGAAGAGGAGGUGGAUGGAGGUGUGGAUCUGUUCCCCCUCUCUGUCCUGUGUAAAUAUCUGUUUUAUAAACGUGUUCAUGUGUGUACGGAAAUGAAAAGAAUGUAUUGGAAUUAAUACUUGACUUUUUUUUUUUUUUUACAUCUUAUGUCAAUAUUUUUAAUAUUCCAUGUCAAUGAGAUUUGGCGAAAAAAAAACCCUCUUGCAACAUAAUCUGCCCUGGGGCAGAUAACUUAAAAUAGUCAACGCAGAUUAUCGAACAGAUUUUGUAUGGAAAAGUUAAUAAUCUCUCAGUAAAACCUGUCGAGCCGUUUGCCAACGUUUAUGUGGCAAUGUCAACCCGGCUGUUUGAUGACCGUUUGAGGUUAAAACUCCCAUUCAAUCCCUUUUUUUUUCUCGCUUUCUUUCUGCCGCUCUGGUAUUUGUUCAACACUUCAAUUGAGAGAUGGGUGGGAAGACAUGUUAUGUAAUCCAUUUGUUUGUGUUCGCUGAUAUUCUGUAGGUACACUAAAUUAGCCUUGCACUGGAAUCUUUUUUUUUUUUCGAUUCAGUUAUCGAGUUGAUCUUGAGAACCAGAGUGACUGACAACAGGUCAUUCGGGACUUUUGAUUUCAACUGUAGUAGUAAAAUAAAGCCUUUGAUACCCACUUCUUUUUUUUUAAUGGCACAGAUUUUUCACUUGUUUUCCAUGGAACAUUCUAGUUUCUUGAGAACAGUCCAACCCUUUACAUGGUCGGAUGGGACUUAAAUCCACUGUUAAUGCACCACUGUUGGACAAAUCAACCAACAACUGUCUCUUAAUUGGUUCUUGAGAUGAGUUUUGUCUAAAAAUAAAACGUUUUAGAUAUCAUUUAACAAAAGAAGUGUGACUGGAUUAUCCACCGUCAUUGGAAAAGUUUUUUUUUUGUUUGUUUAGACUUUGUACAGUUAAACUUUUUUCCGGUCUUGGUAUUCUAACUGCAUAUGAGAUUUUGGUUUGGUCCCAAACUGGUUUGGGUACCCGCAGAAUCACAUACAAGUUCUCUUAAAACCCGUCCAUUAUUUAUCCCUAGCAUGAACACAGCAGAGCUAGAACAGAGCCUUUCAACCAUCACCGUCUUCCCAGCCCUUCAGAUCCUGAUGUGUUGAAAUAGACCUUUUUCACAAUCCCAUCUUCUUUUGGCAGGAAAUAUUUGAUGACGUUUUGUGACGUUUAUGUUGCACAACAACAGCAAUGGCAGACUCCAUGAACAGGAGCUUCUGUAGUGUAGCUCAGUGCUCAUCUUCCAUACAAAAAUGGGCACACUUGUCCAAGAAACAAAACUGGCAACUUAAUGGUUUGUGUAUGUGCAAUCGGUACUGAUGAGAAAUAUAGUGGAAUGAAGCAAUAAAGUCCUCACUGCACUAAUUUUUUUUUUCAUUU